AUGGUUUCCACGAGGCACCAUCCCAGACCCUUUCCCGAGCCUGCCACCCCCAGCUCAACGACCCGAUCCAAUGCCACAGACUCGCCCUCCAAGUCGUCCUCCCCUCCACACUCGGAUGACUCAGUGGCCCUCUCGUCUUCCGCUUCUCGAAAGCGCCGAUCGGAAAGAUCCGCUAAUGCCAAAUCAUCACCCUCAUCGAUCCACGCUUACUCGCAUACGGCACCCCCCUUGUUGGUGAUCUGGCUGUUCGUUUCCCUGCCCCUGGUGGUGUGGGAUACAGGCUAUAUCGCACUCCGGCCACAUUCGAUGCCAGGAGGGAAAUAUCAUUCGCCCAUCUGGUCACCGUACGCGCUGUAUGGUACGGUGGACUACGUUUAUGGCUGGCCGGCAUGGGAAGGUCAUGUGGGCUUCACAGCGGCACAGGGCUCAUUGAAUGUGAUUGAGACAGUCAUGUACAUCUACUACCUGAACACAAUAUUGAGCAACGGUCCUGAAGGUCUCUUGAAGUCUCGCAACCUUCGGGGAUUUUUUCGGGGUGAAAGGGACAAGGCAGUCAGUGGCCCCGGCGUUGCUACGGCUGUCGUCGUCCUGUUCUCCGCUGCUAUCAUGACCCUAAGCAAGACGGUCCUAUAUUGGCUCAACGAAUAUUUCUCGGGAUUUGCCAACAUUGGCCACAAUUCUCUGUAUAAUCUUGUUCUCCUAUGGAUCAUUCCCAAUGGCCUCUGGCUGAUUUUCCCGGCGUAUAUAAUAUACGUGCUCGGAAAAGAGAUGGUCGCUGCCAUGGAAGGCACUCGAGCAGAAAAGGAAGAGUGA